UCGAAACAAUAUUGUCCUCAUAUCCACCAAUAUGUCACUGGACCCACACUAACUUAAAGUACUCCUAAAGGUUUUUUGCUACAAUAUGGUGGAUUUAGGCAGAUACAAAAGUGUAACCUAGGCCAACUUUUAUUAUAGGAACCGAUUUUACAGCGUUUCCGCAAUGACAUUAUAGACGUGAUCAUCAUUUCAUUGGAAAGCCUGCUGCUACACAGUUGUGCUCUCUGCUGCAAGCAGUGUCCACCCUCUCUCUACUCAGGCUGUAGUUGAAUAAUAAGAAAGGUAAGAGAAAUUCAAUGUAUCUGUAAAUGUAUAUUAAUUUAUUAAAGAGUAAGUUAUUUCAUUUGCAUGACUUAUUAACGGCUUUUUGUUUAAAUCGAAUGAGGUGGGUUUAUACUUUUCCCACAACAAACCGGAACUAUUGGAUUAGAGAUGGAUAUAAACUUGAAUAGUUAUUUAGAAAAUAAGUGUUCCUGGUUGGUUGCAUUUUAUUUACAAAACAUUCAAGAUUCGACAAGAUAAGUUAUAUAUAUAUAUGAAGUAGCACGUUUUGUUUUGUUUUUCAAUCGUUUUUAUUUUUCGUAUGAAUGUAUGUAUUAUUCAAUAUUAAUUUUCGACAUUAUUUGAUACAGGCACAUGCUGUAGUUUGCAGCAACAGCAAAACAUUUUGGGAAAUUGUUAUUGUUCAAGAAAGUAUUUAACCAUUUAACAUGCAAAUGUAUAAUAUCUAACUACAUCCUUGCAUUUAAAAAACCCUUAUCAGCCCAGUACAUCUCUCUCCCUACUAAAUGUAAGCUCUUCUCUUCUCUUCCUCCCUUCCACUAAUGUUAUGAUUAGAUAACUAGAGUAUAGUAGUUCUAUCAGAAUACUGAUACUAGAGCUACAUCCCUAAAUCCUCCCCUCCUCCCCCCCUUUCCUCCUUCCCUCCCUUCCUUCAUGUUCCAUUCUUCUUUCUUUCUUUCUUUCUUUCUUUCUUUCUCUUUCUUUCUUUUCUUUCUCUUCUUUUUUCUUCUUUCUUUCUUUCUUUCCUCCCAUCCCUCUCCACCUCCCUAAAUCUCCCUUGGGUUGUGGUGUUGGGGUGUUAGCCCCUGGCCUGUCCAGCAGCAGAUCACCACUGUAACCACCACCCAGAGCUCCGGGGAAUGGAGCACAGGACUGUUUGACUGCUGCUCUGACAUGGGCACCUGUAAGUCACAUGGAGUCAAUUCCAUAAUAUGCUCAUCUCCAAACCCAGAACCAAAUCUAUAUAUAUAUUUUUUUAAUGUUUUUAUUUUGUAAUGUAUAUUUGUAUUACUAUUUUUUUUUUUCGAUUCUGUCAGAGUACAUAUUCAUUAUACAGUUCAAUUUAAAUCAAACUAGAGACUAGUUCUGAGCGCCUUACACCUCAUAUGCUCCAGAGAGAAAAACAUUGUUGGUACUAUGCAAAGACCUUGACAUUUUAGUCAUUGAGCAGACGGUCUUAUCUAGAGCGACUUACAAGAGCAAUUAGGGUUAAGUGCCUUGCUUAAGGGCACAUCGACAGAUUUUUCACCUAGUCGGCUCGGGGAUUAGAACCAGCGACCUUUCGGUUACUGGCACAACGCUCUUAACCACUAUAAUUAACCACUAAACUGAUACCAUACGCCCCGGCCCCAACCUCCACCCAGAACACUGCAGGAAAUAGGCUUACCAGGGGAGGGGUCUGAGCUGUGUUUUCCUGUGCGAAUCUGACAUUUACUGGAAGGGGGAUGGGGGUGGGGUUAAAGAGGGACCUGAUUGGAGAAUUACAAACAGAAAGCCAGAGCUAAGUGGGUGACGUUAUCAGGAACCAUGGAGACCAACGGGGCUGCGCUCCAGGAAUGUCAAUAAAACGGAGACACCAGAUAAUGAAUGUACAGCGUUACAGGGAAGCAUAGAGCUCGUUUCAUUAGUUUUACAUGAACAUCACGGUGCAUUAUGCGGGAUACAGCGGCAGAUUGACGAAGGCGGCAUUUUCUGAGCUAAACGGACCAAGACGCACAUCCAACAACAACACAUAAAACCUCACAUAAUUCUGCCCCAAAUCAAUGACAAUUUCUCUCAACCAGUGGCAUAUGGGCUUUUUAGGUGAGCGCUGAUGCCGCCCUUUGAUAAGCAGUGCCCACUUUGUAUAGGGGGGUGCAUAUUUUGCUUGUCCAUUCCCAGCGCGCUUCUCCAGGGUGCUGUUGGAGAGAAGCAUCUCUGCAGCGCUCCACCAAUGUUCCGUCUAUCAAAAAAAUAAUCUAACAAAAAUCCUGUAGCAGAUAUAGGAUAUGGUAGAAAGAUUAUGAGGCAUUUUCUGUAGUCUACAGGCUGGAGAUAAAAUGUAUGACAAUGUAAUGAAACUGACACUUUUUACAUCAAGCAGAUUUCUCCGAUCAAAUAGCCUAACUUAAAUGGCGCCCAAUUAAAUAAAAAAUGAGCUGUCAUGUUAACAAACAACAUAUCCUAAAAACAGGACAGGUAAAAGUAAAAUGGACAAUAUGGAAUGAACAAUCAUAACUGUUGUCCAGGAGUUUCACCCCAUUGUCAUGAUUACAUUUACAUUUUACAUUUUAGUCAUUUAGCAGACGCUCUUAUCCAGAGCGACUUACAGUGGUUUCAAGUAUGUAUCUGUCAAUUUUUGACAAGCUGAUCAUAGCAAAACAGAAAAUACUUCUGCAUUUCCUGCUGUGUAAAUACAUUGCAAAUAGGCUUCAAAUAGGCUCGCGAUAACUCCUGAUAAAGUUGGGUAGCUGAUAUUCAGAGCUUAAAUACAUGGUAGGCUACACCCCAGUGAGUACGAGCUGACGUCUUUUGGAUGUCUUUUUUUGUUCCUGUCUGGAUGUCCUUUUGUGGGGUUUUACAAAUGGUAGACUUACCACAUAGAUGGCCAUUCAUAAAAUUAUAUUUCAGGCAACACUGUAGGCUACACCUCAGUAAGAACAGACCGACACCGAUGCCUUUUGGACAUCUUUUUCUGAUGCAGUUCUGGACCGGCAUUUAUUUCCACAUCCACUGACAUUGGUUUUUGGUCCAGUCUGGACCAAAUCUGAACCAAUCAUAGACAUCUAUGUUUGGUUCAGAUUUUGUCCGGUCUGGACCAGCCUUGAUUUGGCCCAAACAUAGACGUCUAUGAAUUACUUAUUUUCAACUUUCAUUCAGAACCAAAAAAUUAUCCUGAUUUCAACGUCGGGAAAAAAAGUUUUUUUCAAUGUCCGGAAAAUAUGUAUUUUCAACGUCCUGGAAAAUAUGUAUCUUAAAAAUACGGAAAAUACCUUUUCAUCUUUCAUUAAGAACCUAAAUUGAACCUAACUUCAAUGUCUGGAAAAUAUGUAUUUUAGAUAUCUUUUCAACAUCAUUUUGCUUACUGGGAGGAUUCUAGUUUUGCUGGGGGCAGCAUAUUUUGGUACUGCCUAUGGCAGCCCUGAUGAACAUCCACAAUGAACAGGAGAGAAAACUGAAAUCAUUUGAUGUCAUCCCUGCCUUGCCAUUAUUGUAUAUUCAUUAGUCGGUUACAGUGGUGUAAAGUACUUUAAAGGACUACUUAAGUAGUUUUUUGGGGAUCAGUACUUUACUAUUUAUAUUUUUGACAACCUUUACUUUUACUUCACUACAUUCCUAAAGAAAAUGAUGUACUUUUUACUCUAUACAAUUUCCCUGUCACGCCCUGACCUUGAGAGCCCGGUUUUUCUCUAGUUGGUUUGGUCAGGGUGUGAAUUCUAUGUUAUCUAUAUCUACGUUGGCCGGGUGUGGUUCCCAAUCAGAGGCAGCUGUCGAUGGUUGUCUCUGAUUGGGGUUCAUACUUAGGCAGCCAUUUUGCCUACCUAUGUUGUGGGAUCUUGUUUCUGUUUGUUUGGCUUGUUUGAUGUAUAGCCUUUAGAACGUCAUGUUCAGUUGCGGUGUUAUUUUGUCAAGUGUUUAUUAUAUUUAUUAAACAUGUACGCAUACCACGCUGCACCUUGGUCCAAUCCUUUACUCAACGAACGUGACGUUCCCUGACACCCAAAAGUACAUUUUGAAUGCUUAGCAGGACAGAAAAAUUGUCAAAUUCACGCACUUAUCAAGAGAACAUCCCUGGUCAUCCCUACUGCCUCUGAUCUGGCGGACUCACUAAACACACAUGGUUAGUUUGUAAAUUAUGUCUGAGUGUUGGAGUGGGCCCCUGGCUAUCCGGAAAUAAAUAUAAAACAAGAAAAUGGUGCCGUCGGGUUUGCUUAAUAUAAGGAAUUUGAAAUUAUUUAUACUUUUUCUUUUACUUUUGAUACUUAAGUAUAUUUGAGCAAUUACAUCUACUUUUGAUACUUAAUAUUUUACUUAAUAUACUUUUAUAUUUAAAACCAAAUACUUUUAGACUUUUACUCAAGUAGUAUUUUACUGGGUGACUUUCACUUUUACUUAAGUCAUUUACUAUUAAGGUAUCUUUACUUUACUCAAGUAUGAAAAUUUGAUACUUUUUUCACCACUGGCUGGUUGAUGGUUGAUGGUUUUCCGUUAGAGUGAUCUGUUGAUGUUGAGAGCUCUCUGGAGAGAGAGAGAGAGAGAAGAACAGAGGGAGAGUUGAGAUCAGACUCACUCUGUCUCAAUCAUACCCAGCACUUAGUGGUGGGACUGAGGGAAAGAGGGAGAGGCUAAGUGGGAGGAAGUGGGAGAAACGAGGGAAGGAAUUAAGAUGAGGCAAUAUACAGUAUAUGUGUUGAAAAUGAGUUUAUUUACAUAUAUUUUUGUAUAGUUUUACCUCUAUUUUCACUCUGAACAAACGUUGUUUCAUCACAUUGUAAUCUACUGUAUAUGAAUCAUCAAGUAUUAUGUAUCAUAAUACUAUGAUGACCUUGAUUUGUCCCCCCCCAGGUUGCUGUGCCACGUGGUGCUUCCCCUGUUUUCAGUGUCAGACGGCCUCCCACUACGGCUGGUGUGUCUGUAUGCCCCUGCUGGACCCAUGUGCCUUUAUGGCUGUCUCCUGCUGCAUGCGCUCCUCCAUGAGAGAACGCUAUGGCAUCCAGGUACAAGCCCUGGGAGUGGGUAGGGAUGGGGUGGGUGGGGAAAGUAGGUGGGAUGGGUUGGGAAAGAGGGUAGAGGGAGGUGGGGAGGGGGUGGUGGGAGUGGGAAGAGGGGGGAGGGGCAGGUAGGGGGUGGUUCCCACAGCACCUCUCAUUUAACCUUCUGAGGGGAAAUGGUGUUGGAAACUAUCAGACUUUUGAGAUGUUAAGAAAUAUCAUUGGUGUGCUUGGAAAUGUUGUUGUUCUUAGUGUUGUUAGUGCCUUGAUUCCCCUUUAAAUAUAACGCUGAAUAUGGAAUUAACUACAACCUUUUCUCUCUCCUUCUUCUUCCCUGAACUUUUCUACACCCCCUAUUCUUCUCUCCACCUCUGUCCUUAUCCUCCUUUUAACUCUGUCCUGUUGACAUGUUCUUGUUCUCUGCUUUCAUUUUCUACCCAUCUCUCCUUCCCUCUUCCCCCUCUCAGGGUUCGACCUGUGUGGACGUCGGGUUGGUGUGUUGCUGCUACGCCUGUGCCUGGUGCCAGAUGGCUCGUGAGGUUAAGACUCGAACCACAUCAGGCAUCCAGCAGGUUAAUAUGGUCACCCAACAGCUUCACGUGGCUUAGGAUCCCAAAAAGAGGGUAGUCACUAGAUGACCAAGCAAGAAGGGCGAUUUCAUCAGAACUGCUGAGCAAGUGCUUUAACUUUAUGUUCCUUGUCUUGUGUGACAAUUAACAUAGGGCGUACUGUUUGCAUUUAUUGUUUGAAAAUAACACAAUUCCUAUCAUGGCCGAAUAGUGACGUCCAAGUGACGUCCAAGAAAGAGGGCCAUACUUAGAUAGAACGCCACUAUAAUCUAUAGUAAACAUACUGUAUGUUGAAUGUACUGUAUAGAUGUGUUAUACCAUUAUUAAUGUCUUAACCAUUGAAUAUUCAUGUCAGGCUUAAAA